AUGUCGGGAAUGUUGCGAUUAAACCCUCCGAGGGUCCAAGUCGGGCUGGUUGCCCGAUCACUGGAGCCAUUCUUACUCAGCAGGACAGAAGUUCAAAGAAACCUAAAAGAGCGGCUGCACACUGAAAGCCGCGCGUCGUGGAGCUGCGCGAGCUCCAUAGCCCCAACAAUUUGUUUGGCUGGCUGCCUCCGACGAAACCGGCUUGCACGGAACAUCUGUGCAGCUGGAGCAUGCCGGGGUGAGCUGCCAGGAGCCUUGGCCGCUGCCAGGCGUUCACUGUCCACUGUGCGGCUUGGCAAAAGCCAAGCUAAAGCGCCAGCGGAGGAAGAUCUACCGCCUAUGAGUGCGGAUGGCGGAGGAGAGGAGGAGUUCCAGGAAUACUGGGAAUGGUUUCAGAAGCCCCAGGCAUGGCCUGAGGGUUGGAUUGAAAGGCGCACGCAUCCUCAAGUUUCAGUUCUCCCAUACUGGUACAACGGGGAGACACAAGAAACGGUUUUUGAGCCGCCAAAAUGCGCUGAGAGCCAAGGCUCCAAGCCCAUACCAGAGACCCACGAGCCUCUGAAGCUCAGUCAGGUUGUGGCUGACUUGUCAGUGAAAGAGCUUCGACAGAAGAUGCAAGAACCAGAUGAGAUGAUUCGCCUUGGGCUUACUGAUGAGGUGCUCGCCGAGCGCGCAGUCUGGGAGUAUGAGACGUUUAUUCCUCGAGUGCUUUCUUGGCACGACUACCAGUACAACACCUUCUGGUUUUUCAUCGAGGAUCGUGAGAACAGCAAGCGUGGCGGACGCGGAUCUGGAAGCCAGGGCUUUUUUGCAGCCGACACGGAGAAGAACAAGAAGAUGUUUGCUCAUCAUGGCUUUUUCGAGGCAGUCGCGAAUGUAGCUAGCCAGCGGCUUGACCGGAUUCAUCCAAUCAACCUCGUUUACCUCUUAUGGACAUUCACCCGGGCAGGAGUUCGGGCGUACAAAUUCUUUAAUCAGGCUGCAGACCAUUUUUGCAACGGACUGCUUCCUUCGAUGGACCGAUGUGGUCUGGGUACUUUGGUGUGGUGUUAUGCAAGACAAAGAUUCCGGCAUCACCGCCUCUUUGAUGAAGCUGCCAAAGAGCUGCAGCGUACCGUGCGCGUGAGGUCCCUGGCACCCAGAAACUUCCAGAAUACCAUGAUUGCUUUUCGCUGGUAUGGGAUGAGCCGCGACUCCCAGCGAAUAUUGAUCGACAAACUUGCUGCCUGGCUACCCCGACUUCUAGAUGACCACGAUGAACGCAGACCCAAGCUGAGGCCAGAUGUCAUGUUCUCGUACACAUGCAGAGAUGGCUCCGUGGUUCCGGCAGACUCGUUUCGAAUCAGCGGUUUGAACGUGAUCGCCCGUGGUUUCGUGCACCUGGAUGCCAGCAGCGAGCCUGUUCAGGCCUGCCUGGCUUCCAUGACAGACUAUGUGCUGCGCAGCGCACGGCGUUCUCCUGCUUGGAUGCGCACUGACGGCGAUAUCGCAGUCUUUGCCACGAUUGUGGCUGAGGCUGUCACCAAAGGAUGGCCCCGAGGGCCUGAACUUCUGGAAGCCCUAGAGGCUGAGAUGAGGCUAGUACGCCGGGGAGCUAGGCGGAAGGAGCUGUCGCAGCUUGAAGAAGCCCUGGAACGCGCCAAGAG